AUGCGCAGUGGCCCUCGCUGCCGUGCCUUGUCACUGCCCGUGCGGACGAGGUUCCCAGAUUCCUUGACCCUACUCGAAAAGGGGAACGCCCUUUCCGAAAGGCUGGAGCACCUGAAGGCGAUCAAGAACACUCGCAAGCGCGAGUACAAGUACUUGCGGGCUAAGGAAACGAAGCUGUGUGCUAAGCUGGGCAUGCCGGACGUGUACCGUUCCACCGUCGACAUUCCCUCCGAGAAGGACCUUCAGGAGCUCGAGGAGCAUGUCGAAGCGCUGGAACAGGAAAAGGCUGUUCGUUCCUGCAGAGUCUCUCUUCUGAGGACGGACAUCAUCGCCAAGCUGCAUAUGCUCCACGCUCAGCCCCAAGCUCAGCUGGAGAUCCAGCUCAUUGACAGUGAAGACGGUUUUAUUUUGUCGCAGAGGAACAUGGACGAAGUCGCUGCUUGCCUCGAUCGGCUCAAACUACUCGAAGAGGCUCGUCGUCAAGAGCUAGCUGCCCUGCUGGACCAGCUGGCAUUGUUCUUUGAGAGACUCGACAUCGCUCCAGAGGAGCAAGAGCGCAUCCGCAGCUCUAGCGCUGGCCUUACACCGUCGGCUCUGGCUUCACUGCGGGCCCAACUUGCCAAAUAUGAGCUUCAGAAAGAUGAAGGCCGGCGGGAGUUCGUCUCUCGCGUUAAAGACGAAUUGCUCACGUGGUACAAGAAAUGCUGCGUCCCAAAGAAUCGUGUGUACCUGGACGACGACUCGGAAGACAUAUCAGAGGAGCGACUGGAGCUGCUGGAGGAGCAGCUGAAAGCCUUGAAAAGGUUUUUCUCGGAGAACAAGGUGAUCAUAGCCAAAGCGGAGCGGCACGAAGCCUUGUGGUCAAGGUCGCUUGAGCUAGAGGAACUCGCAAUGGAUCCAUCGCGCCUGACAAACCGAGGAGGGCGCCUCCUGCUCGAGGCCAAGGAGAGGCAGCGACUGAAGGUCGAGAUACCCAGGUUGCGAAAAGAAAUCGCGACAUUCAUCACGACAUACACGGGGACCAACCCGAUGUUCGCCCUGUGGGGAAAAAACUUUCUCGAGCAUCUAGAUGCUCAACAGCAAGCUCACGCACAGCGACAAGAACGUCGGCGCAUUGAAAGGGAGAGCCGCUGCAGUGCUACACCAUCGGCACUGGGCAACAAGCUGGAGCACUGUGGCGCAUCCUACCGCUGUGCCUCCAAGAUGUCCCGGCCUGGGACAGGCAAUGAAACUCCCGCCUCCAGUAGCAGGCGCGUGGGCACGCCAGUAGGAAAGAGCAACCUGGCGGCUCGUGGUGGCACGCCAGUCGGCGCAGCUGUGAGGAGCAUCCGGCGGCGCUCGUUAAAGGCACAGGUGUUGUCAUAG